UUGGGAAUGACCGAAAUGCGUAAGAGUGAAGCGCUGAAAGUUGAAGCAUCAAUGGCAGCGGAAGACGGUCAGGAUCCUCGCCUUGCUAGAAUUUCAUCUGCUAUCAGAGUCAUCCCCGACUUCCCCAAGCCAGGGAUUUUGUUCUAUGAUAUUACCACGUUGCUCCUGGAUACCAAGGCUUUCAAGGACACCAUUGAUUUGUUUGUUGAGAGGUACAAAGACAAAGAAAUCUCUGUUGUUGCAGGUGUUGAAGCUAGAGGGUUUAUAUUUGGCCCUCCUAUUGCCUUGGCCAUUGGGGCAAAAUUUGUGCCCAUGAGGAAACCAAACAAGUUGCCUGGGAAGGUUAUUUCUGAAGAGUACUCUUUGGAGUAUGGAACAGAUAUUAUGGAGAUGCACGAGGGAGCUGUAGAAGCGGGUGAACGUGCCUUGAUCAUAGAUGACCUCAUUGCAACUGGGGGAACCUUGGGUGCUGCCAUCAAGCUACUUGAGCGUGUAGGGGUGCAUGUCGUUGAGUGUGCCUGUGUAAUUGAAUUACCAGAACUAAAGGGUCGGGAACGACUGGGGGAGAAACCAUUGUUUGUUCUAGUUAGCGGAGACGCAUGAGCAUGGUUUCUGUUGGGCUGCAGAUUUUCAGAAGAGCAACUUGAUUGGUAGCAGCGGCGUACGGUUGUUAUCGGUUUGUUUACGUUGGGUGAUUGAAGAGCUAAACAAACUUGGUAUAUGUACGUACUAUAUACUAUGCAGAAAUAAGUUGCUGAAAUAAGUUGUUUUCCUGUCUUCACUUAUAAAUCUGGUAAUAUUUGUUAACGGAUGAAUUAAACAUCAAAUCACCAACGUGAAAUUAUCUUGGUUA